UUUUUAAACACAAAUUAUACUUUUCGUUGUUAUUUUCUUUCUCCCAACUUCCCUCCUCUUCUUUCUCCCAACUUCCUAAUUGAAUUAUAUUCUUGGUUGUUCUUCUUCUUCCUUUCAAGUUCCCUCUUUUUCUUUCUCUCAACUUUCCAAUUGAUGAAUUCGAAAUUGCAAUUCAAAACCCUAAAUUUCUAAAUCCCUCCACUGCGAUGUCACUCUCCUACUCCAACUUCUUUCUCGAUGACGACCUCCUAUACAACGAGAAAACCUCCAGCGUCUUAUCCAGAGAUUUGUUGGCGGAAAGCUUCUCUGAUGUCGAUUCGUCUCCGCCGACGGAGGAAGAGUUAUGCACUUUCUAUUAACUUCACCGGCAGACUCAUAGACUCGCUCUUGUAGGUGUUGCCCAAAAUGUGCUUUGUUAGAUGAAACGAAACGACAUUAUAGUAAUGAGCAGUUGCUGUAGUUUGAGAUCUGAUUUCAUCGUCAUGUAAAUCGAACUGAGUAGUAGCAGUACUAUAGUAAAAGAGGUUUUGGUACCAUUUUUAGUUCCACUGUUAAUCCUAGAUCACUCAGGUUUCAACCCUCUGGUUUGUCUUCUGUUCCUGACAACUUUGAUUUCUCAGUUAUUCCAAUUUUGAGUCUAAUUUUAUAGCUAUUGGUUUAUCUCUCUCCCCAUCAAUGCUUCAGGGUUUUGCCUUUACUGAUUUCAUGAAUGGCUUUAUCUCUCUCCCCAUCAAGGCUCCUGAUUUUGCUUUCAACAAAGCACUUAAGGUUAUAAUCUUUUUCUUAUUCUCGAUUUUAAGUUAUUUUCAUGAUCAAUGAGCAGGUUCAUUUUAUGCCCAACCUCAAAGACAAGAACUUAUACAAGAUUUUUACAAAAAUUAGCACGAUCAUGUUCGUGGCGUGGUUAGUGGUGACAUAUGAAUUUCAACUUUUAGUAAUACCAUAAACUUCAUGUCCUAUUUCUGCAGAGAUUUGUUGGUUUCGUUUAGAGCAACAGGACGGAUGCUGCAAAGGAUUAUAUUUUAUACGGAUGGUGUAAGUGAAGGACAAUUUUACCAAGUUCUACUAUACGAGCUUGAUGAGAUUCGGAAGGUGUGUGUUUCUUUGGAGCCAAACUUUCAUAGUUGUACAAAAAAGACAUCAUACUAAGUUAUUCGCAAACAACCACACGGACAGGAAUAAUACAUAUAGUAGUGAAAAUAUACUGUCUGGAACUGAUGUUUAUACAAAAAUCGAUCACCCAACCGAGUUUGAUUUUUAUCUCUGUAGUCACGCCGGCAUCCAGGGGGUGCAUCCUUGUGAUAAGAGAAGGCACAUCACUGAGUACAAGAAAAUGUUUCCAGCAAUUGAUUUUUCACUGAUUGAGUCUGAUGACGACAUUUUGUGGAAACCUGAUAUUCGAGAGAAGAAUGAAGAAGUUGCUGCCAGGGGACUGAAAUUUUUGGAAUGGUUGUGGACUCAUAAAGAAAAAGAGAUUGAUGUUGUUACUCACAGUGGUUUUCUAUUUCAUACUCUAAGUGCUUUUGGAAAUGAUUGCCAUCCAAAUGUGAAGAGUGAAAUCUGCACACACUUUGCUAAUUGUGAGCUGCGUUCAGUGGUUAUCAUCGAUAGAGGGAUGAUUGGAUCAAAUGAGUCCUCUACCAACUUUCCUGACAAGAUUCCACACGGCCUUGACCUUCCCAGUGAUGUUGCUGACGAGAAAAAUGCUGCGAAUGAUCUAACUAAGUAACAUGAGAAGAUUUUCUUCUGUUAUAUGAUUUCUGCAAAGAAACCUAGGUGUCAACUUUUCAAGAUGAUGAUUACUGUGAUUGCUCCAAUUUAACAUUCAUUAAUGGCCAUUGAUUCUUACAUGGAAAUAUUAGAUAUGUUCUUUUACUUUCCCAGUUCCCUUCCCAUUUUUCUCAUGAUACAUUUUAACCUCUGGCCCCUUCUUUCACCUUAGAAAGAAAAGAUCUUUGUAAAAAAAUAAUAGUAGCCAAAAAGGCGACCAAAUUCAGAACCA